AACAGCCUAUAAGUAUCCCCCACCUUUCCCACUUAACUAAUCACCAACUUUGCUCAGUAGCUGUUUUGCUUCCUUCUUUUCUCCAAUUCAAAUGGCUAAAAUACUUAGCAUUGUCAUGUUAUGCUUUCUCCUCAUGCUUGUUUUACUAGGAGAAAUCCAGGCUUCUAGCCCUGCUUCUCGAAAACAACGGCAAGGCAACCAUGCAAACGGAAUGUAUGGUGCCACCCAGGGCAGCCUUCGUCCUCAAGAAUGUAGUCCGAGAUGCACUGCCAGAUGCUCUGCUACGGCAUACAAGAAGCCAUGCCUGUUCUUCUGUCAAAAGUGUUGUGCCAAAUGCCUGUGUGUGCCUCCUGGCACAUAUGGAAACAAACAAUAUUGCCCAUGCUACAACAACUGGAAGACCAAGAGAGGAGGGCCCAAAUGCCCUUAGAUUAUUAUUCCCAUUGUUUCACUGCCCAACUAUCUAUCUUAAUUUUAUCUUGCUCUGUAAUCAAAGUCCCUCAUGGUUCUUACCAUUCAUUUGGCCAAUGAUGUUCAGAAGAAGAAGAAGAAGAAGAAAACAAAGGCCAAUGAUGAUACAUGUGGUAGUAUUUCCUUUUAAAGGAAGUUUGAGCUUUGAAUUUAAAUUUUGGUAAUUUGGGUUACGGUAGGUACAAGAUGGGCUAAGUGUUUCAUUUGUGUAACUCAACUAAUGAAUAUGAAUUACUAAACAAAAAUUCUCUAUCAAUCUUAUACUAAA